AUGGAGCCUGAAGCUGUUGAGGAAGAGCCUGAGCAGGUCCCUCGCGUUUGGCCAGAGAUCAGCACCGAGCGUGCUCUACGAUACCAGCGGGAGAUCGACCAGAUCAAGCACAUCUACAAGGAGCCCGUUGAUGAAUUUGACACGACUAUGGUUUCGGAGUAUGCCGAGGACAUCUUCGACUACAUGAACGAACUUGAGGAUGAUGUUUUGCCUAACCCAGAAUACAUGGAAGGCCAGACGGAGAUCAACUGGCAGAUGCGCCAAACACUUGUAGACUGGCUGUUGCAAGUGCACCUUCGCUACCACAUGCUGCCCGAGACGCUCUGGAUCGCGAUCAACAUCGUUGACCGGUUCCUCACCAAGCGUAUCGUCUCGGUGCUCAAGCUGCAGCUCGUUGGUGUCACCGCAAUGUUCGUCGCGGCCAAGUACGAGGAGAUCCUCGCGCCCUCCGUCGAUGAGUUCGUCUACAUGACGGAGAACGGCUACUCACGCGAGGAGAUCCUGAAGGGCGAGCGGAUAGUCCUGCAGACGCUCGAGUUCAAGAUUAGCCAUUAUUGCUCACCGUACAGCUGGAUGCGCAAGAUCAGCAAGGCGGAUGACUACGACAUCCAGACCCGCACACUGAGCAAGUUCCUCACGGAGGUCACCCUGCUCGACUACCGGUUCUUGCGAGUGAAGCCCAGUCUGGUCGCGGCGGUUGGCAUGUACACUGCGAGGAGGAUGUUGGGUGGCGACUGGAACGAUGCCUUCGUCUACCACUCUGGUUUCACGGAGGAGCAUAUUCUACCUGGGCACCGCAUGCUCUUGGAUAAGCUCGUCGAGAACGGGUUCACCACGCAACAUGUCUGCGAGAAGUACUCGCACAAGAAAUUCUUGAAGGCAUCGGUGUACGCUAUCGAUUGGGCCCACAAGCACAUCCACCAAGAGCUCGCCGGGGAGCAGAUGAACCUCGAGGAUUGA